ACAAUUUAGCGGAGAUCCACCGCAAUUUCUUAAAAUGCACCCUGUCCAUUUGUGUGGGGUAGCUGGUCUCCACAUCUUCCCAAAACCAUAUAAGUAUCACCAUCCAUCAUCCAUAAUGCGUCGUCGAGUUUGUUUCCAGCCUCUCGUCAUCAUCGAGCUCCUUUAUUCUCUUUUGCCUUUAAUCAUACCAUGGGUCUCUUCCGCUCGCUGUUCACUGCAGUAUUCGCCUGUGUGGGCUCUUUUCUCUUUGGCUACGACUCGGGUGUCAUCACAAACGUCAUUGCUCAGGAACAUUUUGUCUCCCACUUUGAGAAUCCUUCCGCUGCAGCACAAGGUGGCAUAGUCAGCGCGUACACGGGCGGUGCCGUGCUCGGCUGUAUCGUUAUUUUUUAUGUAGGCGACCCGCUUGGACGCACUCGCUCCAUCUUUGUCGGCUCGUUCGUGCUUUUGUUCGGCUCUGCACUCCAAACGGGCUGUACCACCGUCGCAAUGCUCAUCGCGGGUCGUCUCAUUGCCGGUAUCGCCAUAGGAAUGCUGUCAUCGACAAAUCCAGUGUAUUGUUCAGAGAUUGCUCCCGUAGCUUGGCGCGGCAUUAUGGCUGGAUUGCAACAAUGGAUGCUGUCGUGGGGUUUCUUUGCUGCACAGUGGAUCGGUUAUGGUAGCAGCUACGCUGACUCGGCCUUCCAAUGGCGGUUCCCUCUUGCCUUCCAGUGCGUUCCCGCUCUCAUACUCUGCUUGGGCAUUCUCUUCCAGCUAGAAUCUCCGCGUUGGCUCGUGCAGAAGGGUCGGCUUGAUAAAGCGAAAGAGACUUUGCGUAAGCUUCACUACGACGGACACAACGACGACUUUUUAGAACUCGAGUACAACGAGAUUCAAGCCCAAAUCAACCUUGAGAAGAAUCUGUCGGCCAAGUCCUGGAAAUCCUUGCUGGGCAAAGCAAGCUCUCGGAAACGUGUUUACUUGGCUUGUGGGAUUCAGCUUGCUGGACAACUGUCUGGUAUCAACGUGAUCAAUUACUAUGGCCCUCGUAUUUACGCAGCUCUGGACAUUGAUACUCAAACCUCGCUGAUGAUCAUUGGUAUUUCCGGUGCUUUAUCGAUUGUCUGGUGCACUAUCGGUUUGUGGCUUUCGGAGAGCAUUGGGCGUGUGAAGCCUUUGAUAAUUGCCUGCUACGGUAUGGCAUGCUGUCUUUUGAUCAAUGCGGUGCUCUCCCAAACUGUUGUUGCAGCUGGUACAACCAACCAUAAUGCUCUCCGUGCCAGCGUUUCCAUGAACUUUUUGAUCUCUUUCUUCUUUACACCGCUUGGUAUUAACAGCUGGAUAUAUCCUGCCGAAAUCUUCAACACUGAGACCCGUGCACGAGGAAACGCUCUUGCUACAGUCACUAAUUGGAUAUUCAAUCUUAUCUUUGCUCAAAUCUCACCCAUUGCAUUGGAAGCUGUCGGCUACAGAUACUUUUAUGCGUUCAUGGCAUUCAAUAUUGUCACCGGUACGUGCUUUUGGAUCUUUUACCCGGAGACUCGCGGCAAGACACUCGAGCAGAUGGGCGAGCUAUUCGGAGACGAGGUUAUACAUGUUGAUGCCACAUCCAGUGACGAGUACAAGGCUUCUAGCACGGGCGAGAAAGAUAUCAGCGGUGGUGACCUGGAGAAGAAAUGAUACCAUCCAAUUUAUCUUUAAUAUCUUUUUUAAUUUCUCCUUACUUAGUCUCCUAAUAGUAUAGUAUAAGUUAUCCUUAUGUCUUAUGUAACAGUAAAAACUUAGUUCUGAUGUGGUCAUCCAUUUACAAAUAAAUCUGUAACUAAUUAUACCAAGUACUCGUAUUACGUGAUCUGUAAAUGGCUACAAUUAGAAAGAAGUACUAUGUUUAUGUGCACAUGUGUACGAUUAUAACGCGUUGCUUCAUUACUGCUGCUGAAGUACGUGUGGAGCUUGGAGCAAGAAUGAGUAGAGCCAGCGUAGCGUAAAUACAUGGCACUACAGUAGAACUAUUUGAUGUGAUAGUAAUACGAGUGUAUUUUAGUUAGCAUAGCCAACGUUACAUGUACAUACCUCUGAGUGUACAUCUGACGCGCGCUAGCU